AUGGUGGAGAUCACCAAGCUCUCCCUCCUGGCGUCGGCCAUCGCAGCGAGAUCCCAAGGGCCUACGAACGUUGCCCAUUGUCCUCUAACACCCGCCGCCCUUCAACUUCCUUCCGGUCAAACCACGCUUGUCGCCCCGACCUUCGCACCCGACUUCGUUGCUAUAGGCGUCGGCGUCCAGAACUACACCUGCUCCAGCUCUUCCAAUUUCACGUCCAGUGGCGCCGUCGCCGAACUCUUCGACAUCUCCUGCUACGUCGACACCCCCAUAUUCUCCUCCCUCUCCCCCGCCACAUUCGCCUUCUGGUCCGCUCUUCCCUCCUUAGGCACCUUCAACACCACCUCCCUCAUCUCCCUCUUCAACAACCCUCUCUACCUCGGCGGCAACCCCAACCCCGUCGUCGACGGCCAACACUACUUCGUACCCAAUCCCGUCACCGGAGCAGGAAUCUCACCGGCCUUUGACUUCAGUAGUGGGAGGUUCAAUGGUUUCGCUGGCAAUGAUGGAGAGGAGGGAAAGAAGGCGACAGUGGUGGCGGGUGGGACGGUGAAUCUGAAGUCGCCGGAUGAUCCGACGGUGGAUGUGGAUUGGUUGAGGUUGAGUGCGUUGCAGUUUCCGGGGCAGGGGGAGUUGGCGCAGACGGUGUUUAGGGUGGAGACGGCGGGUGGACAGCCGCCUAGUUCGUGUAACAACACUGGGAGCACGAUCUCGGUGAAGUAUGUGGCGAAGUAUUACUUCUACAACUCAACACUUCCGUCGAAUUGA